AAAAAAGCUCAAACUCGCGGAAAUGUCCAAAUCUUCCAACUCCGACUCCCAAAAGUCGCUCCCUUCACCAGGCCAUCCUUCAACCGGACGACCGGACCUGGAUCUCAUCACGGAUCCACUGGAGGAGCAAAGACUGGAGCCUCAGAGGGAUUCGCAUCGCUCGGACACACGUGGCCACCCUUCAACCGGACGCAAAAGCCACAACUCAACAUCUGCUCAGUCCAGCGUGUAUAAUUCUCGCACGGAUCCCGAAAACGCGGCAAUGGAUUCGGACGAGGAGCUUCGGAAGAUGAUGGAGGGAUUCGUUGACGAUGAAGAGAGCGACCCAACCUACGAGCCCCCAUAAUCCCCAAAAUUCAAUAUAUUUUAUGUUUAUUCUCCCAGUCUAUUGUGAAAUAUGUAAACUAAUUUCCUAACAUUAUUAAUUGUUUUCCUUAUUGUUUCUAAUUUCCCUCUCGAAAUUCUACCAUUCACCGCUCCCAAUUAUAUUUAUUUUAUUUAUUGAGUUUUCUGUGAUCUCACACCAUUCAUCAACACGGUUAUUUUAUUUUUAUUCUCCCAGUCUUGUGAAAUAUUUAUGUAAACUAAUUUUCUAACAUUUUUUAUUGUUUUCCUGUGAAUAAUAUUUUGUUUUUUUUUAUUACUGUUUUUCCUUUUUUAUUAUUGUUUUCCUGUGAAUAAAUUCGACUGGUGCUCCAAUAA